GGUACGGGAAGGUGCGCGACGCUCUUCGCCUCAGUACGAGUAGAGUUGUGUUCACGUGUGGUUGUGUGUCUCCUUUUUUUCAGUAAAUUAGGCCACACAACCUACCUUGAUUCGUGAAACUAACUCUCCUAGAAAAACCCAAAAAAAGUAAAAAAAAUCUUCGAAAAACGCAUACAAAAAAAUCGCAAAACCGUAGGUGAAAAUCGACGCAACCUCGGGUAACAGCGUGGUGAUAAAAAAAAAGAGUUAGUGUAAUCGUCAUCGUCGUCGCUCGCGGAAAUAGGCACGAGGCCGAAGCGAGCCAGGCAGCGUGCAGGAACGAGAGACGCGACGAGAGACGAGACUUGGCGAGUCGGAAGAAGGCGAGCCAUAUUGUGAGAAGAAGAAGAAAGAAGAAGGAGGAGGAGAAGGGGCGAAGCGGAUCCUUGCUCGAGAAUACGAGCGAUUCCCUCGGAAGAGCAUCACUUUCUCUCUCUUUUAUCUCUCUCUCUCUCUCUUUCUUUCUCUACGUGCUGAACCGUGACACCGCAUCGCCGCCACCAUGAAUCCCGGUGCGCCCAACUACCCCAUGGCAUCGCUCUACGUCGGUGAUUUACAUACCGACAUCACCGAGGCUAUGCUGUUCGAGAAGUUUUCAUCGGCCGGACCCGUGCUGUCCAUACGCGUCUGCCGUGACAUGAUCACCCGUCGCUCGCUCGGAUACGCUUAUGUCAACUUCCAACAACCGGCUGAUGCUGAACGCGCCCUCGAUACGAUGAACUUUGAUAUGAUAAAGGGGCGGCCUAUUCGAAUUAUGUGGUCCCAGCGAGAUCCUUCCCUCCGCAAAUCAGGCGUUGGAAAUGUAUUUAUAAAGAACCUAGACAAAAAUAUAGACAAUAAAGCAAUGUACGAUACCUUCUCCGCGUUUGGUAACAUAUUAAGCUGCAAGGUAGCGCAAGAUGAAUCGGGCGCCUCUAAGGGUUAUGGCUUUGUUCAUUUCGAGACCGAGGAAGCCGCGAAUAAAUCCAUCGAUAAAGUCAACGGCAUGUUGUUGAACGGCAAGAAGGUUUAUGUUGGAAAGUUCAUUCCGCGUAAGGAACGCGAAAAGGAGUUGGGCGAGAAGGCCAAGCUUUUCACGAAUGUCUACGUGAAGAACUUUGGCGAAGAUAUGACGGAUGACAAGCUGAAGGAGAUGUUUGAGAAGUACGGGACCAUUACCAGUCACAAAGUGAUGAGCAAGGACGACGGUAAAUCGCGCGGUUUUGGAUUCGUCGCGUUCGAGGACCCAGACGCGGCUGAGCGAGCGGUAAUCGAGCUGAAUGGCAAGGAGAUUGCCGAGAACAAGUGCAUGUACGUCGGACGCGCUCAGAAGAAGGCCGAGCGGCAGCAGGAGCUGAAACGGAAGUUCGAACAGCUGAAGAUCGAGCGUCUGAACCGCUAUCAGGGCGUGAACUUGUACGUGAAGAAUCUGGACGACACCAUCGACGACGAGCGUCUGCGCAAGGAGUUCACGCCCUUCGGUACAAUUACAUCCGCCAAGGUGAUGAUGGAGGAGGGACGUAGCAAGGGCUUCGGAUUCGUCUGCUUCUCCCAGCCGGAAGAGGCGACCAAAGCGGUGACCGAGAUGAACGGACGCAUCGUGGGUUCCAAGCCCCUUUACGUUGCUCUGGCGCAACGCAAGGAGGAUCGUAAAGCUCAUCUUGCUUCGCAAUACAUGCAGCGCAUGGCGAAUGUACGCAUGCAACAGAUGGGCCAGAUAUUCCAGCCUGGUAACGCAGGUAGUUACUUCGUCCCCACGAUACCGCAGCCGCAACGUUUCUACGGGCCUGCUCAGAUGGCACAGAUUCGCGCUACUCCGCGCUGGCCGGCACAACCGAAUCAAGUACGGCCAAACGCCCAGACCGGCAGCUCUGGAUUCGCAGCGAUGCAAGCUGCGCCUUUCAGACCGGCACCGCGCGCUCCCGCUGCGCAGGCUAGCGCCUUGCGUAACAGCAUGUCUGCCAGACCUAUUACAGGUCAACAAGCGGUUGGAGGCGCCAAUAUACAGAGCCGUUCCAUGGCUGGCCCUGCUGUCGGGGUCUCGCCCGGUCAGAGCCGUCCGUCGAACUACAAAUACACCGCGAACAUGCGCAAUCCACCGCAAGCGGCCAUGGCGAUGCCCACUCAAGCUCCUGUGCAACAGGCUGUCCACAUCCAGGGCCAAGAACCACUCACUGCAUCGAUGCUGGCUGCAGCACCACCGCAAGAACAGAAACAGAUGUUGGGCGAACGACUGUUCCCAUUGAUCCAGUGCAUGUACCCGUCGCUGACUGGCAAGAUCACCGGUAUGCUGUUGGAGAUCGACAACAGCGAGCUGCUUCAUAUGUUGGAACACAACGAGUCGCUGAAGGCUAAAGUCGAGGAAGCUGUGGCCGUGCUGCAAGCCCAUCAAGCAAAGCAAGCAGUUGCACCGAAAAAAGAAUAAGCAUAUUCUCAAUCGCUGACGAAUCGGACAUGAAUUCUUUUUUUCUUCUUCAUUUUAUUUUUAUUUUUUUGAAUUCUUGCGCAAUUUAAUCGUCGAGAAACCCUUUCGUGGUUGACGUGUCCGAGUUUCCAAGCAUUAUGUGAUCAGUCGAUUAUUCGAAACUGAACCUACAAAGGGUUUUUCUUCUAAAAUUUUAUGAUAAUAAAUUCUUCUUUCAAUGUGUAUCUA